AUGGCGAAGCGCGAAACAUCAGAGCAAAGGGCUGUUACUUUUACUAAAAGACGUCAUGGUCUUUUCAACAAAGCAGCAGACUUGUGCAGGAUCUGCGAUGCUCAAAUUGCCAUUAUGGUCACCUCAACUGGGUCUAAAGAAAAAGUUUAUACCUUUGGCCACUCUUCGGUUGAUGCUGUCUUCGACAGGUUCCUCAACAAUUUUUCUGCUCUACCAGAAGCAGCAGCAAACGAUGCAGGUAUCAAGUCAGCCAGUAACUCUAUCUAUGAAGAAAUUAAGGCAUUGGAGGGUGAUGUUAAUGCUCUCAUGCAAAACAAGAAGAGACGCGUUGAAGGGAUUUCAUGGGAUUAUAUUGAGGAGCUUGUGCAGUCGAGUACUUCAGUUCAGGAGUUAGAAGAUGCUGUAGAAAGCCUGGAAAGUUUGUUGGGUCAUGCCAAGAAUAAGUUGAUGAAUAACUCGACUGGUAAUCUUGGUAUAAGCAAUAUAGUUGAGCGAAAAUCUGAUGAUUUUUUGGCUUUAGAGCUUGAACCGCAUGAUGAUUCUUCGUUGACUUUCGAGCUUAAACACCGUGAUGAUUCUUUCUCUAGCUUAGAUGAAGAAAUUUAUUUUGAUGGAUGUUGGAGUACUACUGAUGGUUCUCCUAGUAAUAAUGGAGUUUAUUUUCCAGGCGAAGUCGACAUGGAUGAUAUAUGGAAUCUCCUUGAGUCUUCUGAUUUCGGUUCCGAUUCUCACAAUGUUAUUUCCAAUAACAACAGUAACGACUGCGCAACUUCAAGGACUGUCUCUGAAUCUGCUUCUGGCUCACUAGAGAAUGGUGGUAAUGUAUUUCCUGCUACCAAUUUGGAUUUAGAAACUUUCAAGAACAAGAAGUUGGUUGAUAGUGUAACUUAUAAUGCUACACCAGAUUCUGACUUUGGGGAUACUAACCAACAUUAUGUUAUGGAUGGGGACUGCAAUGCCAAGCAACUUGAUUCAGCUACUGAUUAUGGUUUCAUGGAUUUCUUUGGUGAGUUUGGCAACUGUAUGACUGAUCAGAUGCGACUCCCAUUGCUCAUUAGCAGGUCCUAA